CAGCAGUUCCUGUGAAACGUGUUUUUAGCCUCUACAGGGUCAGAAUAACAUGCAUGUGGAAGCCGCAGGACAAAUAACAUCUGACGUCUAUGAUGGAAUUUACCUGCAGAAUUACUUUGAAGCUUCUUUUCUUCAUCUCCUUCUCAGUGUUUAUUGUUUUAUAGUGUUAAGGUUUUAUGUUUUCUUAAUACAAAGCAGCUGCUGUCUAAAAUACAGUUUAAGAUUAUAAUUUUAAUAAGGAAAUACCUGAUCAAAGAAUAAGUUAACAGCACUUACAGCAUAAUUGGCAGUUUUGAUAUUUGAAGCUACAGACACAUUUUAGUCAAUUUCUAAAAAGUAUUGAGCUUUAAUUCAAAGACUAGUCGGCCAAACACAGGACUUCCUGUUCUACCUUCAUUUAAUUAAAUCUUAGACGUACACAAAGUCCUGCUUAAAUGAUAGAGCUUCUGGAUGAUGUGGAAAAUGAUUUAAAAUAAACUAAAGAGUUGGUUUGACUACAAUAAACUAACACUGAACUUUCUUUCUCUAAUAAAAUGUCUUGGAGGAAUAAUUGAUAAUAAACUAUGUUGGAAACCACACAUUAAUUAUAUUAAAAACAAAAUAUCAAAAUCAGUUGCAAUCCUUUACAAAGUUAAAGAUCUUGUGUGUCAAAAGUCAUUAUACCUUCUGUACUGCUCAUUUAUACUUCCAUACAUAACUUACUGUGUGGAGGUGUGGGGGAACACGUACAGUGCCAACACCAAACCAAUAUUUACACUACAAAAAUUCCUGUUCUACCUUCAUUAAAUUAAAUCUUAGACGUACAUAAAGUCCUGCUUAAAUGAUAGAGUUUGACAUUUGACAGUUAGGAGACAAAGUCAUUUCAAAUGUCUUUUUAAAAAAAUCUCCCAGCUUAAACAUGGAGCCUUCUGCAGCAGCAGGAUGCAACGGAAAGAAAAGAAAGAACACCGCCCCCACAGCACAUGAGGAAGCCAAGAGAUUAAAAAUUGGUCAGGAAAGUGAGGAGACGCCGGAGUAUGGACAUUCCUCCCGCUCACCGCAGAUCGCUGUGCUGCUCGACCGCCUUCAACAACCAAUUACACCGAAUGAGCUGACAGAGCUGCUGCAUUAUGCCGCUCUGGGGAAAACAGGUGGCAUUAAACAGCCCAGUUGGUGUCGCCUCCACCAUCAGAAGAAGAUUAAAGCUGUGAAUGUGGUGAUCGUGGAGGGCCUGACCCAGAGUCACUUUUACAAGCACUACCUCAGCUUGCGACACCUCAGGACCAACUACACCACUAGGGUGACUUUUACUCCAUCACCUACCGACCUGGUGUCAGGAAUCUUCAGCAGUGAAGUUCCUAAAUCGGAUGGUACAUCUUUUUCUCAAAGACAGAGUGAGAGCAGUAAACUGGACAAAGCACUGUGGUGUCACCCAGUAAUCACCAAGUUUGGGACACAGAAGAGAGGACUGACUGCAUAUGUUCUCACUGAGGAGGAGAUGAUCAAGAGACACUACCCACUCAAAGGAAUGCCAGGCUUUGAGGAGUUUGUGUGCACAGACAGUGUUGACAGCGUGACUGACAGCAGCCCUCUGUAUGGGCUUGACUGUGAAAUGUGUCUAACAGAAAAGGGAAAUGAGUUGGCUCGUGUCUCUCUGGUGGACAGUGAUGGAAACUGUGUGCUGGAUGAGCUGGUGAAACCUCAAAACCGAAUCCUCAACUACCUCACCAGGUUCUCUGGUAUUACCGCAGCGAUGUUGCGACCAGUCAGAACCACCCUGCGAGAUGUCCAAGUAAAGCUCAGGACGUUGUUGCCGAGCGAUGCAGUUUUGGUGGGGCAUUCACUCAACAACGACCUCAUGGCUCUGAAACUGAUCCACCAGCAUGUAAUCGACACCUCGCUGCUGUACAGGAGAGAGUUUGGGCAGAGGUUUAAGCUGAAGGUCCUGGCUGAGACAGUGCUGAAGAGGCAAAUACAAACUGAAGAGAACAGGGGUCAUAAUCCCAUUGAGGAUGCCGUGGCAGCCCUGGAACUGGCUGAGUACUUUAUUAAAACAGGACCACGUCAGGUUGUAGAACUUCAUCUGGAAGAGCUGUGGGGAUAUACGAUCGUGGAGGAGUCCACUGACUGUGCACCUGCACCCACACCAAGUCUCAGGUUUUCUGACAUCCUGCAGACACUCGGCCGAUCAGUAGCCUUUAUAGGAAAGCGUUCUGACAUCACCCUGGAUCCUUCCAAUCAGCUGUGGCACAGCUCUGACAAAGAGGUGCUGGCCUCUUUCAGGAGACAGACCAAGUGUCCGUUCCUCUCAGUGCUCCAGUUCUCUUCCCUCUCUGACCAUCUCAAGAAGUGCAUCCCUUAUCAGGAGCGCCAGCACCAGAGGGUGUGUGCAAACCUUCGAGAUAUGUGUGUGGUGUUUGCCGGGCCCUUCCCUGCAGGAUUCUCGGAGAGAGAAGUGAGGCGGCUGUUUUGUUGCUGUGGACCGGUUCAGAAAAUCAAAAUGUUGCAAACCGCAGUCAGGGUUCAUGCAGAGGUAGAGUUUGAGCUGCUGGAGGGAGCUAUGCUGGCUUUAAAAACUUUGAAUGGACUUAAUGUGCAGGGACAGUCCAUCAAGGUCCAGAGACCUGUCUACGAGUCAAUGCUAGACUUAGAUCUGACUCUUGAUGCUUUGACGGCUGACAGUCUGAAUGCCAGUCAUAUCUAUGCUGUGAAAUUAAAAUCCAGUAUGGUUGAGGGCAUACACACUCCUGUAAGGGUCAAUGGACACACAUCAGAAGCCAAAUGUUUGGACAUUACAUUGGUUAAAUCAGCUAACAGGUUGCCCCCAGCAAAAGUAAACGGUCAACAGUUGCAGCCUGCAACCACCACAAAGUCUAAACUGUCUGAGGAGAUGGUCAGAGAGACAUUUGGUCACUUUGGUUCGGUGGAGAGAGUCGUCCUGCCUGCCAAACACGGAAAACAUGCAAGACAUGGAUACAUAAAGUUUGAGAGCUCAGAGGGCAAACAUGCAGCCCUCGGCUCCUCCGAGGAUCUUCGUAAGGAAAACUACCUCAUCUGUCCAUCCCUAACUCCACCCCACUUACCCUCGUGGGCUGCCAUGACAACACCAAUCACCAUGGAAGAUCCUGACAUGGAAGCAGCAGAAGACGAGGAGAGGACCCACAUGCACAACAGGUCUCAGGACCAGGAAAUGGAUAACAUGAUGGGGAAGCUGGACCGCCGCCUGCGGAAGCUCUUUAGAUCCCUCCCAGAAGGCACCUUGUCUGUGGUCGUGCUGCGUGGACACACCAGUGCUCAUGGCCAGCUUCCUGGUUUGUGCCUUAUGGAGGUCAAGCAAGGGUCAUGAGGAGAACAGAGACCCCAUCCUCUGUGGGAGUGAGCGCUGCGUAGUUUGACUAUUUGACCGCAGUUCACAGGCAGUAUUUAACAUGA